AUGUCGUUUGCAGACGAUAGUGUGACGUUUGUAGCAGCAGCAUUAGGUCUGGUUUUCCUCUCUGCUCUGGCUAUAUCAGGCACCAUUUUGUUUUCUUUAAUAAGUGUGUUCUUACCAAACAAAGGCGAUAACUUAGCGUCAUUACCAAUAUGCACGCUGUCAUUUGAACCCAUAAUUUCUCAGAGUACCGGCGCCUCGCCAUUCUACAUUGACAAUGCAGACUUGAACAAUGAUACUAUAUCGGAUCUGAUUGUGGCUAAUUUUAAAGACGGUACGAUAAGUACUUUUCUUGGAAAUACCGAUGGUAGCUUUCAAAGUCCAACGACGUCGUCUACCGGAGGAAUUCGUACUCAACCAAAUGCGUUCGCUAUCGGUGAUAUUAAUAAAGACGGAAAACUGGAUAUAGUCGUAGCAAACAGUGGUACAGGUACAGUUAUAACUUUCCAUGGUAAUGGAGACGGAACUAUAACGCCUCAAACAUUAUUUUCCACGGGAAUUGGUUCCACACCAUUAGAUCUUGCUCUUGACUAUUUGGAUGACGAUGAUAAUCUUGAUCUGGUUGCUUCUGAUAGCAACAACCAUGUUGUGCUAGUAUACUUUGGAGACAGUUCGGGAAGCUUUACGUUAAAUCAAACGCUCUUCACGGGCAACGGCUCAAUACCUUGCAGAGUAGCUAUCAAAGAUUUUAAUAGAGACGGUCGAUCUGAUAUAGCGGUUGUAAACAAUGGAACAUAUAAUGCUGGAAUAUUUCUCAAUAAUGGUAGCGGUCAUUUUAGUGAUCAAUCAACAUAUCCCACUGACUCGAUGCCUGUCUCGCUAAUGGCUGUUGACUUGAAUAAAGAUGGUAUAUUCGAUCUUGUAACCGCGAAUUACAAAGCAAAUACAAUAAGUGUACUACUCGGUAAUAAAGGUGGUACUUUUAAGAAGCGAAAAACGUUUUCCACAGGAUUAGGUUCCACUCCUAUUUCAGUGUCUUCUGGGGAUUUGAAUAAUGAUAAGAAUGUUGAUAUUAUUGUUGCUAAUUACGGUAAAAACAAUAUUGGCGUAUUUCUUGGCAAUGGUCAUGGAAACUUUAAAAUACAGAGAGUUUAUUCAACAGGUUAUGUUUCCCAUCCACAUGAUAUUACGAUUGCUGAUUUCAAUUCGGACGGUCGAUUAGAUAUUAUAUCUGCGAAUUCAGGAAAGAAUUCGGCAGGCAUACUCUUGAGUACAUGUUCAUAA